AUGGCUGCCGUGUUUCUGUCAAAUAGACGAUUUGAUAAAAUAUUUCGAUAUAAUAAUAAAAUUAAAAAUGUAUUUUAUCAUAAAUCAGUAAUAUUAAAUAAGCCACAUUUUACUCUUGUAUGUAAAAAAUGUGUUGCUGCAAGUAGUUUCAGGCUUUAUUCAUCAUCUCCUUCCAGUAAUUCUAAUGGUCAAGACACCGCUAAGAAUGUACUUGCAGCAGUGUUGGCUAAUAAGCCUAAAACGGGAAAAAUUCCAGUUGGUAUCCAAAAGAGAGACUGCUUUCAUCCAGGUGCAUCUGUUUUGGCCCGUGAAGAUAUCAACCUUGGAGAUGCCAAGCCGGUUUCGGGGAUGGAUAUGGUGCGGGGGAUGAUGGAGUAUGUGUGGCCUAAGGACGACGCCGCAAUAAGAAACCGAGUGGUGCUGUCGCUGUCGCUGUUGUUCGGCGCGAAGCUGACGAACGUGGCCGUGCCGUUCCUGUUCAAGUACGCCGUGGACGAGGUGAACGCGGCGGCGGGCGAAGCGGCGCUACUGGGGCUGGACAGCGCGCCGCAGGCCGUGGGCACGGCCACCUUCAGUCUACUGCUGGGCUACGGGCUGGCUCGCGCCACGGCCGCCGGCUUUAACGAGCUGCGCAACGCGGUGUUCGCGCGCGUGGCGCAGCACUCCAUCCGGCGCCUGGCCUGCAACGUGUUCGCGCACCUGCACAACCUGGACCUGGCCUUCCACCUGGGCCGACAGACGGGCGCGCUCUCCAAGACCAUCGACCGCGGCUCGCGCGCGAUCAACUUCGUGCUGUCCGCCAUGGUCUUCAACGUGGUGCCGACGGCGUUCGAGCUGGCGCUCGUGUGCUCCAUCCUGGGGCUGAAGGGCGGAUUGGCCUUCGCCGGCGUGGCGGGCGGCUGCGUGGCCGUGUACGCCGCCUUCACGCUGGCCGUGACGCAGUGGCGCACCCGCUUCCGCGUGCUCAUGAACCGGGCCGAGAACGAGGCCGGCAACAAGGCCGUGGACUCGCUCAUCAACUACGAGACGGUGAAGUACUUCGGCAACGAAAGGCACGAGCUCGACAAGUACGACACGAGUCUGCGCAAGUACGAGCACGCGUCGCUCAAGACCGCCUCCAGCCUGGCGCUGCUCAACUUCGGCCAGCAUGCCAUCUUCAGCGCCGGCCUGUCCGUCAUCAUGCUGUGCGCCGCCAAUGAGAUCGUCCGAGGCAACAUGACCGUGGGCGACCUGGUGAUGGUGAACGGGCUGGUGUUCCAGCUGUCCAUCCCGCUCGGCUUCCUCGGGUCCGUGUACCGCGAGGUGCGCCAGGCGCUCGUGGACAUGCAGACCAUGUUCACGCUGAUGGCGGUGCGGCCGCGCGUGGCCGAGGUGGACCGGGCGCCGCAACUGGCGCUGGCGCCGGAAGCGCCCGCCAUCGAGUUCCGCAACGUCAGCUUCAAGUACGAGCUGGGCAAGCCCGUGCUCACCGACCUCUCGCUGACGGUGCCGCGCGGCAAGAAGCUGGGCGUCGUCGGCGGCUCCGGCAGCGGCAAGUCGACGCUCGUGCGGCUGCUGUUCCGCUUCGUGGAGCCGCAGGGCGGCAGCGUGCUCGUGGGCGGGCGGGACGUGCGCGACGUUUCCCUGCGGUCGCUGCGCCGCGCGGUCGCCGUGGUGCCGCAGGACUGCGUGCUGUUCCACGACACCAUCUACCACAACCUGCACUACGGCGACCUGGAGGCGCCGCGCGAGGCCGUCGAGCGCGCCGCCCGCCUGGCCGAGCUGCACGACGCCGUGCUGGGCUGGCCCAAGGGCUACGAGACGCAGGUCGGCGAGCGCGGCCUGAAGCUGUCCGGCGGCGAGAAGCAGCGCGUGGCCAUCGCCCGCGCCAUCCUCAAGGACGCGCCCAUCAUCGUGUUCGACGAGGCCACGUCCAGCCUGGACUCGCUGACGGAGCACGCGAUCCUGGCCGCGCUGCGGGCGGCGACGGCCGGACGCACCUCCGUGUGCAUCGCGCACAGACUAAGCACGGUGGCCGACGCCGACGAGAUCGUGGUGUUGGAGCGCGGCUGCAUCGCGGCCAGGGGCACGCACAGCGAGCUGCUGGCGCAGGAGGGCUCGCUUUACGCGCGCCUCUGGCAGCGCCAGAGGCAGGACGCGCCGCGGCCCUAG